AUGGAAGAAUCUGAGGAGGAUCAGCUAGAUCACGAGUCCGAGGAGGUGGAAAUCUUAAGACUGGCAAAGAGGAACAUUGAUAGUUUGAACACAGACCUUGAACAAGAUAUGCAAAGAAUAGAUGAAGCAAAUCAGGAACUUCUUCUCAAAAUCCAUGAGAAAGAAGAAGAAAUACAGAGGCUGGAAAAUGAGAUCAUUCAGCCCCAAGACUUGACAGAAGAUGAUGAGUGGGAGAAGCAGAAUAGUACCACCAUGGAAAGGGAGAGAACUUUGCAAGAACUGGAAGAAGAAAUAGCCAGACUUGAAAGGAAAAAUGAGACUCUGGUCCACAAUACAACAGAACUUCAAAAAAAGCUUACAAGGAAACCGCAAAAGGCCACCAAGUUUGAACAAGGCCAUCUAAAGGGAGCACCCGAAGAGUCAAAGAUCAAGUUACAACAGUUGGAAGCUUCCUGUGCUGACCAAGAGAAGGAACUGGCCAAGGUAAUGGAAGACUAUGCAUUGGUGGCCCAGCUCUGCAAAGAUCAGGUCAUCUGCAUUAAGAAGUACCAGGAAACUUCAAAGAACAUUGAAGAAGAUGUAGAGACUCGGCUCCUUGAGAGAGAAGUAUCAAAAGUCUUGAGCAUGAACUCUGGAAGAAAAGAAUAUAACAGCCAAAAUAAUAAGGACAAUUCUCUCCAAAACAAGGGAAUAUGGCUCUGUAAAAGGAUUUUUCAAUUUCUCUUUUUCAUCACCCUAUUUUUCAUCACACUGCUGGGCUACUUGUUUUUCCACAUAAGCUUCAUAAAUCCAGAUCUCCUAAUCAACAUACUACUCAAGAUACUGAACAGGAGCACCUUGUGGAGGCUAAGAAGCUUCCUCUUUCCAUCUCUCAUACUUCAGACUGAGGGCUUGUUGCUCCACUAA